AUGUACUUCGAUAACUUGGCUCGUGCGUCUGGCUGCAUCCAAUGCGUCGACACCGUGCCCUCUUGCGGCGUCUGUGGCGCCGGCGAGCAGUGUGUCGUGACCUCUCAAAGCUGCACGGCAUGCGCAAGCGCAGCCUGCGUCCCGACCCCCACGUCCGCUACUCCCGUUCAACUUCUGGCGCGGGACACGACAUCGACCGAAAUCGUCACUCUCACGGAUGCCAACGGCACCCCGACGGCCACAGCGACGAUGGUCCAAUCGUCCGGAAGGACGGCCACACCCGCUUUUGCAUACGGUAUCAUCGCUGGAGGCAUAGUCAUCCUUGCGAUCCUCGGCACGUUCCUCUACUGCACCUGCUACAAGCGCCGUGCCAAGGGAAAGCUGCCGGGCUACCAGAACUUUGGCAGUGAGACCACGUUAGCUGGCGGAGAAAACGACAUGCGUCAGGUGAAGAGCAUGGAGUGA